UGCGGAGCCGGCGAUGGGCGUUAGGGAGCCUCGGUCCGAUAGUUUAAAGAGGUUAAAUUCGUAAGGAUGUUUUAAAGUCUUACACAGGAUCAGGACUAAUUAAGUGUAUAAAAGCCGUUAGGAAGGAAAUUGUGACGGAGCGUACUGAAGCAAACGAUGGUCUUCGAUGCGUUAUUAAGGGAAUUGCUCGGUAACGCGCCAAGGCUUAGGUGUCAUCUGCGACGGGGACGCAGAGCUGCGCCGGCUCUUCCCGAGGAGCUGGCGACCGCCCGGCCCCAAGGGGGCGCUGUGAGCUCGCCGGCUCUCGGGCGGGCGCCGCCAUUUUGCCGCUGUGAAUAGGCGGGAGGAGGCCCCGUGUGCCUGGCGCCUUUGUGCUCCGCGGCGUGCUCGCGGGGAGCUGAGGGUCCGUUCGGCUUGCUCCAUGCGCUAGGGUGUGGGGACCUCCCUUCGCCGUGGUAGAUCAGUGCUGUGGCACAGACUGCUCUAUUUUUUCCUUUUUUUUUUUUCUUCCCCCCCCCCAUAUACUCAUAGAAUCGUAGAGUGACUUGGAUUGGAAGACAUGUUAGAGCCCACCCAGUUCCAACUCUUUGUUGUGGGCACGUUGCCCUCCCCCCAGAUGAGGCUGCCCAGGGCCCCAUCCAACCUGAGGCUUUUAGGGGUGGGGUGCCAUAGCCCCAUGGCAGCUGUGCCAGGGCCUCAGCACUCUCACUGUGGAGAGUUUUCUCGUAAGAUCUAACCUAAUCUGUAGUCGCUGUGUGGUGUAGAUGGUUGAAAAGCACAUAGGCAAAUUAGUUGCCAAGAGGAGAUUUUGCUGAAACUGGGAUAAACUCUAGAUAAAGCUAAUCUUUUUGCCCAUACUUUUGUUGUAUUUCAGGAAUCAAUCCAUUGUAGCUGUUUGUGAACCAGAGGAACACCUUAUCUUAGUCUACAAAAAUACUAAUGGUUUCUGAAGUGUUUGUACAGUUGCUUAUAUGUCACACUUCAUUAUUUUGUUAGGUGUGUUGCUUUAAAAAGCUGUUCUGAUCACAGUGACCUGAUAUGUCAUCUGAAGGUAAACUGUGUUGAAAAUAAAUUGUGACAUUGUCUGCCUGAGGAAAUGCCCUCCAAAGAGAUAAAUUAUCCGUGUUUAAAAUUAUGUGUGCACUCUCGUUCGUUGCAUGCAAACUCACUGCGUACAUAAUCACUGCAGCAUGAGGCAGAACAGCUGUCAUCUCUAGGCCUCCAUCAACAUUUAUGUAAUCAUCAUCUUUGACAGAAGGCUUGCUGAACUGUGGUGACACAUUUAGGGGUGUGUGGAAGGCCAGGAAUGCUGAUUGGCUUACCUAUCGGUCUUUGAUUUUUUUGCUUCACAACCCACAUGAAACUCUGAAUCCUUCUCUGAAUUGCCGACUGCUUUCUUAACUACCUUUUCUGCAAGAUAAAUCCCAAACAAUAAGAGCAGUAAGAGCAGAUCCAAAAAGAGGCACAAUGAGAUCUGUGACUGCUAUUCAUUUUGCAGCAGAGGUGUUUGAAAUGCCACGUUGCUAAGAAAUAAAUGAGUGGUAGCAGCUUAAUCAUCCCAAGGAGAAGUUUUGCUUGAAGAGUAAUCCUAAGCAGUAUCUUAUUGUCAGAUGGAGAAAUCAUGACAAUGAAACAGUAUUUUAUUUUUCUUAUUUGAAAUAGUAGCCAGUCAGCCCACCAUAGUCCUUCUUGCGAGAUGCAGACAAAAUUGUUAUUGUUAUUCCCCUAGGAAGUUUGUUGGAUGCAUUUAUGGAACUGAAUGCAACCUUGUGUGUUCCAUAAAACAGAAUUUGGGUUUUGCACGUGAUCCUUUGUUCACCCUUUGUCCACUGAGUAUGUAUGUAGUUGCAGAUAAGGUACAUUUGAUUAAGCUUUGCUUGUCUGUGUGAUUUCAACAUAAAACAUGCAAAUAUACACAGUAGCUUGUCAACCAAAUCACAAGAGCUCAUCUAAUCAAGACUCCUGCUUAGAGGCUCCAUUCAAAAAGUUUCCUUUACAGGCUUCAUAGAAAUUUUGUUGCAGAGUUGGAUGUUUGUCAUAAUUCUUCACCGGAACAAAGUGUAUGCAUAGGAUGGCUUCUUUGCUUUCAGUUUAGUCUGUUUAUUCUUGAAGUUCAACCAAAAGGAACCUUUUUAAGAAUGGCAUAGAAUGCUUUAUAUUAUCAGCAAAUGCCAAGAGGUAAGGAAAGACUUUUCUUCAUUCCUUCUCUCAGUUUGUCAAGUGAUGACUGCUAGUUAGUGAAUUCCUAUAAGCAUGUGCUAGUAGUAUGUAGUGAGAAAGUCAGAAUAUUUUCAUAUUGGUUUAACUGUGUUAGCAGUUUGGCAUUAUGUGUUCUAUUAGUUGUCUGAAAAGAACCUUAUGUCUGAGCACACUCAUAUGUACUUUUCUCCUCUCUCUGUGAAACAUGGACUGAAAAAGCAUUUUCUCUGUAAGAUUGGAAGCCCCGCAGAAAUAUGCUGGCAGAAGAACAAUUAAAUAUACAUUCUGUUGACAGAGAAUGGACUUUUCAUUGAAUUCAGCCUAUAGAUAUUUAGUUUAGCUGUGGUCUGCCAAGUCUUGUCGAUACCAUUUUAUCUCCCUUUCUCACCUCAGAGGACACACAGUUUGUUAAUCUGUGCAGCAAGUAUUUGUAUUUCAGCAUUUUUCUUUCUUAGCAUUUGCUCCUGUACCAGUGAAAAAUGAACAUGUACAAAAUACCCACGUGUGAAAUCCCAAGGUACAAAUAGGAAGACUGCAUUUUUAUUUAAAAACAAAACAAACAAGCAAAACAAACAAACAAACAAACAAACAAAACUCAAAAACUUGUUUAAAAGGAACUAUGUUCAGGGAUACUAGAGAAUUUAACAUCCUUUAUUUUUUGUGGCUUACUAAUUUUUAGAAAUGUGUGUGACACUUCUGCCUCCUUUCAUGAUUUCAUAAAGUUCGCAGCCACUUCUCUUUACUGGUGUAUUUAUUCUGCAUUUGGCAUCAGAAAUUUCUGGUUUUUCAUGGAAAAUGUUGAGCUUAUUGUCCCUUGUUCAUUAUUUUUCACUGCUCUCACCUCAUUUUUCAUGUGAGGAUUCUCAUAAGUAUUUAGAUUCCACCUUAAAUUGGAUAGAAGCAGCAUGGCUCUGGACAAGCUGUUGAGAGAUUUUUAAGAUUAGUGAGUAGUCUCUGUAUCCCUGAAAGAGAAAUUAAGAUGGCAAAUCCUUUUGAAUAGUUGCAAUGCUAAAGCCCCUAUCUUAAUCUUGUAUCUGGAAUGCAAUAGACAGGAGCACUUAAUCAGUGAAGUAGGUCUUAUUCUGUGAUCACAUCAGUGGGUACCUUACAUUAGCUGCCACACAAGGCAUUAACGUGCCUUAUGGUUGGGUGUAGAUUGGGUAUUGGUUGGGUAUGGUGUAUGAACAUUAAUACACAGAUGCAUAAAGGCAGCUGUUGGCUGCAACUGGUUGUGGCUAUCUCCUGCCUGGUUAUUUAAGUGGACAUGGCUGCAAAUGUGAGCUGAGCGCUGGUCUGAACUGCCUCUCAAGACUGAUCUUUCAAGAGUGGGCUGCCGAUGCUGAAAGCUACACUAAAAAGGCAUUUCUGUCAGAGGUUUUUUCUCAAUUUGAUCACCAGUUGUAGCUGUGCUCAUGACUGAGGCCAGACAGAAUGUGAGCAGAUAGAACUUCAUAGAACCAUAGAAUUAUUGAGGUUGGAAAAGACUACUAAGAUCAUCGAGUCCAACACUUCAGCCCAUCCGUGCCGUGCCCACUAACUGUGUCCAUCCACGCCAUGUCUCCAUGUUUUCUGAAGACAUCCAGGAACAGUGACUCCAACCACCACCCUGGGCAGCCUGUUCCAACGUCCAACCGCUCUUCCAGUGAGGACAUUUUUCCUAAUAUCCAACUUGGAAGUCCGUUCUGAUGAGUCACAUGAGGACAGAGGUCUUGUAGAAGCAGGUAUCCUCGUCAGAACAACCUGAUCCAGCCUGUGCUACGUGUGGAUGCUGGUGCCUCAGUCUGACAAUUCCCAAAUGGAGGUGCUGUCAUUCUGUGGACAUUUGGCAAUACAUCUCGCACAUCCCAGUACAUUUUCCCCCCAAACCACUAAUCUUUCGCAGGGACAUGGGCCGUGCCAGCUGUCGGUGCAUGCAGUCAGUGUACGUGUGAACACAGGAACACACAGAGACUUUCUCCCGCCGGGUACCAGAGCAGAGACGGCUCUCGUUGGCUGCAUCUGCUGUCCAUCACACCGCCGGGCGUGCGGGGCCGCGCAGCCCUCCCCAGCCCAGAGGAGCAAAUGUGCUCGGUGUGGAGGCAUCGGCCCUUCUCCAUGGAAAGAAACGCCGCACUUAGGUUAUUCGUUCUGUUCUCGUGUCUGGGCUUCGCAGCAGCUGUGGAACAAACGCUAGCCACAGUGGAUGGCAGUUCACAUGUAGUUUCAGAUCAAGAUUCUCUGCAAAGAACUGGUCGACGCUAUGAUGGUGGUGUGAAGCCAAAAUUGAAUGUAAAUCAAGUGGCAAUUGCACAGGUUGUCAGCUACAACUUGAGCAGAAAGGAGCAGCUGGAAAGACCAUCCUGGAGGCCAUUCACCCCCAGCCACUACAGCCCUCUCAAUGUCACAGUUAAUGGCAUCCCUUGCAUUCUCUUCUGGGCCAAGAGGAUCAUGAUUAAGUUUGAAAACCACACACAGCUGGAUUUGACAGAGAAGACAUUUGGUGUCCAUGCAACAGUGGAUGUUGGAGAUUCAAACUGCAGUGAAGACAAUGCAAUGCUUUCUCUGAAGUUUGGUGAUAUUGGAAAUCUAAAGGGUCUUGUUAUUAGAUUGUUACUAACAACCAGCUAUUACCAGCUGUCUGUUCAGAAUUGGUUCAGCUUACAGAGACUGCAGCUUCUUUACAACCACUCUGUACAAGCAACAUUUAAUGCAACAAGAAUAUAUGCACCAGCAAGUUACUCCUUCCACUGUGAACACGUGAGCAGCUUGCAGAGAUAUGAUGCCCUCCUGAUACCGAGCUCUGCAAAUGAUGUUUCAAAGCUCUGGGAAGUUACUUUCAUUGAUUUCCAGAUUCAAGGUUUUAACAUUCAAGAAGGACAUUUUGCCUAUGCCAAAGAUUGUGCAUCCUUUUUCUCUCCAGCAAUUCUUAUGGGGUUGGUUAUGUCGCUGAUUCUGCUGCUGGUUCUCGCCUAUACUCUUCAUAUGUUGAUCCACCUGAAAUCUCUUGACAGGCAUCAAGAGUGCAAAGCUUCUCCUGCUUAUUUUGCACAAAUGAAAGACACUGACAUGGCAGAUGAGAAAGAGCCACUGAGAAGUAGUGGAAAUGAAUCCUAUGAACUUAGAAGCCAGCAGUUUUGUAAAAUCUAUAUUUAGCAGCGUGUUAUCUGUCUCAGUGGAACAAUGAAAGUGGUAUUUUUUUUCUACUGGCCUCGUUCUGUGUAGUUUGUGCAAAUUUUUCACCAACCAAUGAAAAGAAAAAUAGAUAAUAGGCUGUUUAUUUAAUUUAUCGUGUUAUUUAUUGAUAGCCAUCUCAAAGUUUCCUUUGAAAGCAGGACAAGAGAAAAAGAUUCCAGUGUGAGUAACAGAUACAAUGUGAUAGGAGUUUAUUACUGUAGUACAAGACCAAAAUGCAUACCUUUGCAGCCAGCUUACUGAUUUCUGAAGAGAAGAAUCACUAAUGGAAUUUUUUUGAAGUUAAAUAAAGAGACAAAAAAUAAAAAAUAA